AUGCAGAGGAGGACCGAGGUCCUGUCUCAGCUGACUUAUGCAGCAGGAAAUGCUCUGCAAGGAGCUCUGAGCUGUGCUUUGAGGGGCGCCUGGGACACUGGUGGCCCGACCGCUGGGCUGUACGAGGAGGACUCCAGCUUAGGGGUGGCCGCCGUGGGUGGCCGGGGGCCGUGUCCUCCCGCAGGGCCCUGCCGGCCGUGCGGCACUGGGGCUGAGGGACCACGCGGGCACCAGCCACCGCAGGAGCAUCCUCGGAAGCGGCUGGAGGUUCGAGGCAGGAAAACCUUCCUCCUUUUUAUCGCAAUAUGUAUAGCUGUGGGUGUUGCACAAGUACCCGAACAAGCAAUAGACAUCCUUCACCAGCUAGGCCUUGCAAAAGACAUUCGACCGCCCUCGGAGACGGCAGUGCCCUGGACAUCAUCUCCGCUACCUCAGGGGGUUCGUCUAGCUGUGCCAGGAGUUGUACUGACUAGAGAGGCACAUAUCGAGUCCCCCGUCACGCAAGUCCUACCAUCAAAUCUAGGGCAGCAGUUCACUGUGUUGGUUGGGCUGUACUCUUACAGCAUAAAUAAUGCUUUUCUUUUCAGUAUUAGAAACAAAAGUAGACUGCAGUUUGGUGUCCAGUUGCUACCAAGAAAAGUAGCGGUGUACACUGGAGGGAAGCAGCCCGUAUACUUUGAGUAUAGUGUUCAUAAUGAGCAGUGGCAUUUGUUUGCCAUUGACGUUAGGGACAAGACCAUCUCCAUAUUUGCUGAAUGUGGAAAGAAAUACUACAGCAGGGAAGCACUUUCAGAAGUGCAGGCGUUUGAUCUGGAUGGUUUGUUUACCCUGGGAAGGAUGAACUCUCACUCUGUCAGCUUUGAAGGAGUUAUAUGUCAGCUAGAUAUUAUUCCCUCUGCAGCAGCCUCUGCAAACUAUUGUAAAUAUGUGAAACAGCAGUGUCGCCAAGCAGAAACCUAUCGAUCUCUGUUAGGAGCUCCACGCGUGUCAGAUGGGCUGGAUAUGUUUUUGAGGAAAAAAAUUGAUAACAAAAACCAGUCUGAAGGUAGAAGGAAAGAAGCAUCAAACACUCCAGUCAUGAACCUUGCUCAGAUUCACUUUCUACCAGAAUACCUGGAGUCAAGAAAUGUGUCUGCAUUGGAGUUUGUGGAGGCCAAACCUCUGUUGCAGGAAACUCGGCCUGAAACAGAGCUCCAGGAGAGCUAUCCAAAUACUUCAGAUAAUACCACAGAAGAUGCAAGCAGAAAAAGUGAGCCUUCUCUGAUCUCCCUUGUAAAACAGAGCAAAAGCACGGGAAAGGGCAAGGCAAAGCAGCAUUUAGAUGAACCAACCAAGAAGCAGCAAAUCAUAAACACAACCCGGUACAGUGCUACUGCUGACCUGGCGCUGGGUAAUCAGCUCAGUUCGUGGGAGGAAGGUGCCUUUGAUGCUGAUGAGACUUAUCACACAGAAAGCAGUUAUGAAAUUGAUAUUGCUAAUUAUGGUUAUGACUAUGAAGAUCUUGACAAAAUGUUUGAAAUGGGAAAUAUCAGAGGUGCAAAGGGGGAAACUGGACCUCCUGGUCCUCCAGGUCCUCCAGGUUUACCUGGUCCGUCAGGAAAGAGAGGUCCUCGGGGUGUUCCAGGACCACAUGGUAAUCCAGGUUUGCCAGGAUUGCCAGGUCCAAAGGGCCCUAAAGGAGAUCCAGGAUUUUCCCCGGGACAAGCAAAACGUGGAGAAAAGGGUGAUCCAGGCCCAAUAGGCUUUCCCGGCCCACCUGGGAUCAAAGGCCAGAAGGGUCUCAAGGGUUAUCUGGGACCACGAGGGCCACAGGGUGAACAGGGAAUUCCAGGAAUGACUGGCAAUACAGGGGCAAUUGGUUACCCUGGCAGGCAGGGUUUAGCUGGACCAGAAGGUAACCCAGGUCCUAAAGGUGUAAGAGGUUUCAUUGGACCUCCAGGCAUGGCAGGACAACCUGGACCUGAAGGAGAAAGGGGCAUUCCAGGCGUCCACGGCAAAAGGGGCCCUAAAGGGAGACAGGGUUCGCCAGGUGACUUUGGAAAUAGAGGACCACCUGGUCCAGAUGGGAAUCCUGGAAUUGUUGGUGGUGUUGGUCCUCCUGGAUUUCCAGGACUAAGAGGAGGUGUUGGACUGGCAGGACCAAGCGGACCAUCAGGAAUUCCAGGGCCCAUGGGUCUUCCAGGGAGUGUGGGACAGCCUGGAAUGAAAGGUGAUAAGGGGGAACAUGGCCUUGCAGGAGAGCCAGGAGACCAGGGGUACCCAGGAGACAAGGGUGCUCUUGGUUUACCAGGACCCCCAGGAAUCAGAGGAAAGCCAGGACCUCCUGGAAAAAUUGGAGAUCCUGGAUCCCAUGGACCGUUGGGUCCUCCUGGGCCUGAGGGGUUUCCAGGAGAUAUUGGUGUACCUGGAGUAAAUGGCCCUGAAGGUCCAAAGGGACUUCUCGGUGACCGAGGGCCUCCAGGGCCACCAGGGGCCAAAGGAGUUGAGGGAGAAAUAGGACCGAUUGGACAUAUUGGAGGAGUUGGACCAAGAGGAAGGCCAGGGCGGAAAGGUUAUGUAGGUGACCCUGGACUGGAAGGCUUAAAGGGAGAACAAGGAGACCAAGGAAACCUUGGAAAAAUUGGUGAAGCAGGAUCAGCUGGGUUACCUGGAGAAACUGGUCCAUCUGGAAGCCUUGGUGAAAAGGGAGAACGAGGCAGUCCAGGAGCAAUAGGUCCUCCUGGAGAGAAAGGUGUCAUGGGCUACCCAGGACCUCCAGGAGGCCCUGGGCCUGUGGGAGCAGAAGGAUUACCUGGACCCCCAGGGACAGGAGGACCACCUGGGUUACAGGGACCUAAGGGAAGAAGAGGGCCAAGAGGUCUGGAUGGUCCUUCAGGAGAAGCAGGGGCACAAGGCAUUAAGGGAGAAAGAGGAGAUCCAGGAAAGAAAGGACUCCCUGGGCUCAUUGGUAAGGCUGGAAAUCCAGGAGAAAGAGGAGAUCAAGGAGUACCAGGUCUGCCUGGGCCUCCUGGAACCACAGGAGACAGGGGACCAGUGGGAGAGCCAGGUCCAAGAGGACAACCAGGAGAGGCUGGCCCUAUUGGAGAAAUGGGUUUUGAGGGACCUCCUGGUCCUGAGGGAGAACCUGGUCUGCAAGGAGAACCAGGUGCAAAGGGGGACACUGGAGCUGCUGGGAAGGCUGGAGAGCCAGGUGAUCAAGGUUUAAGGGGUGAACCGGGACCUCCAGGAGAAGAUGGUGUCCAAGGAAAAGAUGGCCCAAAGGGAGACCCUGGAGACCAGGGGCACCUUGGAGAAAGUGGUGAAAAAGGAGAGAUGGGAAUACCAGGAAUUACAGGUCUGCCUGGUGAGCCUGGCAUAAUGGGUGUUCCUGGUCCAGAAGGAAUACCGGGACAUCCGGGUCAGAGAGGUCGUCUAGGGAGGAAGGGGGAAAAGGGACAGCUUGGGCCCCCUGGAGAAAUUGGACCUGCUGGUGACUUUGGCCAGCCUGGAGAAACUGGUCCUAAAGGUGCAAGAGGAACUCGAGGUCCUUUGGGACGUCUAGGAGUAAUGGGACCUGAAGGAGAGCCAGGAAUUCCAGGUUAUGGGGGUCACCAGGGUCCUCCAGGGCCCCCCGGGCCCCCAGGACCCAAAGGAGAGAAGGGUUACCCAGGCGAAGACAAUACAGUUUUUGGACCACUUGGGCCCAUAGGUGAACCAGGUCCUAGUGGUGAACGUGGAGAUAGGGGAGAACCUGGUGAUGAGGGCUACAAGGGUCAUACAGGUCUUCCAGGGCUUAGAGGACCUAUUGGACAGCAAGGGCCUCCAGGAGAACCAGGUGAAAUGGGGAAACAAGGACCAAAAGGAGAAAGAGGUUCAGAAGGACCCACAGGGAAGAAAGGAGCGAUGGGUGAGGCAGGGAAACCUGGAAUUCCUGGAAAUCCAGGGUCAAUAGGGGGCCUGCCAGGGAAGCCUGGCCGUAAGGGUAAUAAAGGAAACCAAGGAUUAACCGGUCUGGCAGGUUAUCCUGGUGCUCGAGGUCCUAAGGGAUUACCAGGCAUGCCAGGGGCCAUGGGAACACCAGGACUAAAGGGUGAGAAAGGGCUUCAGGGUCACCCAGGAAAACGAGGCAAAAGAGGCCCUCCAGGAUCACAAGGUGACCAAGGGCCAGCAGGAGACACUGGACUGAAAGGACAGCCUGGAGAACAUGGAGAUCAAGGUUUGAUGGGAUUUCAAGGAUUCCCAGGUCCAAAAGGUCCUGCAGGGGACAUCGGCUUCAUUGGAAUUCUGGGCCCAAAAGGUCCAACAGGCCAAGUCGGAUACAUUGGCCCUGUUGGUCAAGAAGGCAUAACAGGCCCAACUGGCAGGCCUGGACCCAGGGGUGAAAAGGGCUCAAAGGGUGAAAUUGGCCCUCAGGGACCUCAGGGCCAGCCAGGGCCACCUGGACUGCCUGGACCACCAGGACCAAGAAAACAAGUGGACAUCAAUGCUGCUGUUCAAGCCUUGAUUCAGGCAAAUGCUGCACUGCAGAUGGAGAGAUACCAGAAUACUGAAGUAACUUUACUAGAUCACAGUACAGAGAUAUUCAAAACGCUGCACUACCUUAGCAAUUUACUGCACAGCAUCAAGAACCCCCUCGGCACGCGGGACAACCCGGCACGCAUCUGCAGGGACUUGCUAAACUGUGAACGUAAAGUGUCAGAUGGAAAAUACUGGAUUGACCCAAAUAUUGGAUGUCCUUCUGAUGCCAUUGAAGUUUACUGCAACUUCACUGCCGGUGGUCAAACAUGUUUAUCACCAAAGUCUGUGACAAAGCUGGAGUUUGGUGUUGGAAAAGUGCAGAUGAACUUCCUUCAUUUACUGAGCUCAGAAGCAACCCACAGCAUCACAAUUCACUGUCUGAACAUGCCAAUAUGGGGAUUAAAUGAGGCGGGUGACCAGAAAACAUCUAUUAGCUUCAAGGGAUGGAAUGGUCAAACGUUUAAAGCAAAUACGCUACUUGAACCGAAGGUGCUUACGGACAAAUGCAUGAUUCAAGACGGCAGCUGGCAUAAGACGCAGUUCUUUUUUCACACUCAGGACACUAAUCAGCUUCCGGUUGUUCAGGUUCACGUGCUUUCUCAUCUCAAACCAGGACAACAGCACUUUGUAGAAAGUGGUUUAGUGUGCUUCCUUUAAGGUUUCUGUCCUGUUUUUUUUUUUUUAACAUCACCAUGGAGUUGUUGCCUAGAUUGAAUGCAAAGGUCACAAUCCAUUGCAGGCACGAUUACUGCCCUGAAGCUGAAGAAUCAUUUCAAACAGAGUUGGGUAAAGAACCUCAGGAAGAAAAGACUUCUUCCUAAGGAGAAAUGGCAUUUAGAAAUAAAAAGAAAGAAGAGACUACAACAACUUUGACAAAGUAUGUAAUUUUUUUUUUUAAAUAUUGGUUGGUGCUUUCUUGUAUAAUUUCCUGGAACUGAGAAUUAUAUAUCUGAACAUGGAAUUCAUCGGGACCUCUAGUGUUCUGGUAACCUCCUUAACAGCGCUGCACGAAGCAUCCCGAGGAAAGCUGGAGACACACCAUCCUGAGCAGCAAUACUGACUAGUGCUCCUAAAUGUGCAAUAGCUUGUGUUUGAAAAGUGAAUUAUGCCACAGUACAAAAAGUCUUCUUUUCUUAAACACAAAGUUGUAUUAUAGUCCUGGAUGGACACACACAUCUUAACAGAUGGUACACUACCUCUUACGUGUUUCCUGUCGUGUUGCCUUGGUGCUCCUCAUCACACAAGGUGCUCGUGGCCUCAGCAGAGAUUAUUGGAGUCACUUUUUGUCUUUCAGACUGUAUGUGCCGGUUACAUUGAGAUACGUUUCUGUUGUAAAGGUACUUACUAUAAAUUGUUGGUCACAUACUUCAUUACAACCAAAACAUUAUUUAUGUGGAUUUCUUGUUUAAAAUAUUUUUGUGUGCUGUUGUGGAAGUGGUAUAUGCAACAGAACAUUGUAUAUGGUGCAUAUAGUCAGAACAGCUAGCUUCUUAGCCAUUGUAAAAAUUGUGGUAGAAGAGCUACCUACAAUAGUUUUGAGUUUUAGAUUCUGUAUUACGGUUAACUUUUUUGAAUGCCAAAGGCAUCUUAAAGUGAUACAUUGUGUAUAUAUUUUGUAACUUCUUCAAAAUUUUACUUCAGCACGCCUUUUGAAUGGCUGCUGAUAAAUUAUAAUCAUUUCAUCAACUUAGAAAUUCCUUUUUUUGCAGUAUUUUUAAACAAUUUUGGUUUUCUUAAAUUAGGCCUACAAUGCCUUGAAAAAAAUUACCGUUAGGAAAAACAGUCUUUCUAAUGAUGUGUCUCUAUCUGUUUUUAAUCCAAAGACGAUGCCAAACCAAACUGGGGGGAAGGGAAGUGUUCAGCUUGUUUUACCGCCUGGGUCCACAGGGAGCCACACUUACC